ACAAAAAUACCCAGCUGUCAAAACCUCAAAUAAAAAGUAGAAUUUCUGAGACGAGGCCCAACUACUUUUACGAAGUUUUUGAAUUGUUCGCUAAUCAUGUCGAGCUAUAUUGCCAGAAAGGGUCCAUUGGUAGCCACCAGCCUGGGCAGGUGGGCAUACAAUCUUUCGGGAUUUAAUCAAUACGGUCUGCACCGUGACGAUUGCCUUCACGAGAACGAAGAUGUGAAGGAGGCCGUCCGCCGUCUGCCCCGCAAGUUGUACGAUGAGCGCAACUACCGUAUCAUGCGUGCUCUGCACUUGUCCAUGACCAAAACGAUUCUGCCCAAGGAGCAAUGGACAAAAUACGAGGAGGAUGUUAAAUACUUGGAACCCUAUCUGAACGAAGUCGUCAAAGAGCGCGAGGAGCGCGAAGAUUGGAAUAAAAAUCAUUAAAUUGGAAAGCAUCCUCUCGCUCGAUUUGUAAAUGUUGAAAUACAUAGCUUAGAUUAAAAUUAAA